UGAGGACGAGGUAGACGAAAUCAAAAACCAGGAAGAGCUGUACUCUUGCUUCCAAAGGUCUUGUCGUACUUCUAUAUAUGCGUUUUUCCAUCUGGUCCUAGAAUACUUCCUUAGGGAAGAACAGGCACAUCAAGGCUGCAACCAAUCUCAAAAGGGAAUAGGAAUAGCUGUCCUGUAUAGAGAAUCAGAAAGAGAGAGAUUAGAAGGCCAAAGUAGUCUUUGAUCUCCAAUUAGUCAGAGGAGAGAGAUAGUGUUAUUGUGUUCACCAAGGUAUAUCCAGACCUCCUUUCUCUUUAUUUAGAUCUGUAUUGUGGGGAGGAGAUGGGGAGAGGGAAGAUAGAGAUAAAGAGGAUCGACAACACGACGAGCCGGCAGGUGACGUUCUCGAAGCGGCGGAGCGGGCUGUUCAAGAAGGCCAAGGAGCUCGCCAUCCUUUGCGACGCCGAGGUCGGCCUAGUCGUCUUCUCCAGCACCGGCCGCCUGUAUGACUUCGCCAGCAGCAGCAUGAAAUCUGUGAUCGAAAGAUACAAUGAGGCAAAAGAGGACAACCAUCUGAUCAUGAGCGCAAGUGCGGAGGCUAAGCUUUGGCAAAAGGAGGCGGGAAGCUUGAGACAGCAACUGCAUAACUUGCAAGAGCAUCAUCGGCAGUUGUUGGGUCAGCAGCUUUCUGGUCUGGAUGUAAAAGAUUUGCAGAAUCUAGAGAAUAAGCUGGAGAUGAGCCUAAGAAAUAUUCGUCUGACGAAGGACCAACUGAUGAUUGAUCAAAUUCAAGAAUUAAACAGGAAGGGAGGCCUAGUGCACCAGGAAAACAUAGAACUAUACAACGAAGUCAACCUUGUUCAUCAAGAGAACAUCGAGUUACAGAAAAAGGUGUAUGGACUCGUAAAUGAGGAUCUGACAGGUACUACCAUUAGAUACAGUAUUCUGAAUACGGAGAAUGAAAAUGUUCCAGGUAAUCUUGGGCUGAGUCAGCCACAGAAUGUGGAAAGAGAGGAGUCAGGAACACCAAGUCUGAGACUUCAACUGCAGUGAGGAUGACCAAAACCAAGAGACAAGCAAACUAUAAUCUUGGGUUGAAUUACAAGACCUACCAGCUAAACUUUAAAGCUAGUAGAGACAAUAAAUUAUGCAUGAACAAGAGUGUUGAUUGUACUUCAGCUUUUCAUAUUACUUGCUUGGAAUUCAUUCAGAUACCGCAGAGUUUAUGUCAUGUAUACUAUUGUUCUGAAGUAUGCAGCAGAAAAGGGCUCAACACUAGUUGGUAACAUGUUAAGUAUACAAAGAUGAUCCUGUACUGAUUAGAACUUAGUACAAUAAAAAUACAUUUACUUUUAAAAUGCAAAAAGAAAAGGCAUGGAGGGCACAGGACAGUGAUUUUGUAAAAUAACGAUCUUAAAGAGAGGCUGGUGUUGGCCAAAUCUAACAUGGGAGUAAGCAGUAACAGAGAUAAAGAAUUACCUUUGGAUAGGAAAGCAUGGAAAUUAGCAA